AUGAACGCUUCGCACGGCCACGCGCACCAUGGAAUGCACGGCAGUGACGGCGCCGUGCACGGGGGCCACCAUCACCACGGCGGGUGCAGCGGCGAGAAGGGGCCGUACUCGGUGGGACUGCACGUGGCGGGCUUUUUUAUUCUUUUGGUUGCGUCGCUUCUGGGGACGCUGAUCCCACUUGCCGGGAAGUACGUGCCGUGCCUGCAGAUGAACCCGUUUUUGUUUGUCGUUGGGAAGUGCGCGGCAACUGGUGUGGUGCUGGCGGUUUCCCUACUCACCAUGGUUCUUCACAGCAUACACAGCUUUUCGGAGGGGUGUGUGGCCUUCUUUUUUCUGUCUAGUAGUGGUGUACUGUGCGUGUUGGCUGUGGCUUUUUGUUGA